AUGUGGCCAAAUGAACUGUGCAAAGGCUUCGUGCCUGACAUGUGGGGAAUUCGACUCAUCGAAAGUCUCUCGGCGCUGGUGUCGCUCGUGGUGACCAACAAAGUUGAUAUUGAAGAGUUGCGACGCAGACUGAAGGGCCAUGCAAACCACCAUCCACGCACAAAGUAUCCUCAACUACGCAAAUCUGAUAUCCUCAAGGCCCGGAAAUGGCUUCGUGGGAUGGGUAUUGAUACCAAACAUCCACAUCCAAAUGAGCCUGCAUCAGUGAAUAACCUGAGUGAUGAUGAGGUUGGCGAUAGUGACGCGACUGAGGCAGACUCUGAACCAGUUGAUGAGAUAGUGGCUUUGGGUUUGCCAGAGGAUCAGAUCGGAGAGGAUGACGAUGAAGAUGAGGAGGAGGAGGAGGAGGAGGAGGAGGAGGAGGAGGAAGAAGAAGAACAAGAAAAGAGACUAGAGGAGGAACCAGAGCAAAAUAAGGAGGGGGAAGAGGAAGAGGAGGAUGUUGAGGAGCAAGAGGAUGAGAAUGAUCUCGACUGGGCUGUGCCGAAGAAACAGAGCCCGCCUCGAGAAAGACGCCGCUCACCAAUCAGAGAAAUCGUCGAGAUCGAAGACGACGAUUCAGGUGACGAUACAGAGGUUGACCCAGCCGGCGAUGGCUUCAUGAUGAACGACAGCCCAGAGCCUGUACAGGCAAACGGCCAAUCUGGGCCUGAUCAUGCAAGGUCGACACCCAACUCUGCGUCAGCAGCAUCAAGCCGUCCCCGGCGCAGCAUUCAACAGCCAUCUCGACUGGUUUCAGAUACACCUAGGAGCUCUGUUCGCCAAGACAGCGGCUCAGAAGAAUAUACAUCUGCGACUCUGGCCGUAAAGAGUCCUCCAGGUUUGCAAAAACAAACACCAAGUUUCCAAGCACCGGCAUCAACGCCUGCAACUUCACAGCGCGUUAUGCGUCCUCCUCAACAAUCUGCACCAACUGCUUCUCCUGCAAACACAAUGCAGAAUUUUUUCAAACCUCGCCCACAAUCACGUACAGCAGUGCCUCUUCCCCCGAUCCCCGGUACCAACAGCGCAACGCAGUCAGCCCAGCGAUCUAAUAGUCAGCCAUCGGCUUCAACCUCCGCUUCAAAUUCGCAAAGUUCCGCAGCCCCCCGCACACAAGCCAGCUCGCAGCCAUUGGCAUCGCCCCGCACUAGUGCUACCUCUCUGACCCCUCAACAGCAAUCAGGCAGCUGGCCGUCAGUGUCUAACCACGUGGCUCCCCAGGAGGCUUACACCCAAUUAACAAGCAGCCAACAAUCAACGCCUCGUCACUUAGCUCCAUCUCGGGGUAAUAAACGCCCGGCUGAAUCAUCACCAACAAUCUCAUAUGUGAAUACCCCAGCAAACGCCUCACGCUCCGGAGCAAAGAGGCAAAGGACAUCCAAUGCACCACCGCAACAGUCUCAAGUGCCUGGAGCACUCAAUUGGGACGCACUUCUGCCUUCUGGAAACCAGUUCAAAGAAAGCUUGAAAACUACUUUACAUAUUAUAAAACCAAAUAUGCAGAAGUUUGAAAAGCUGCUUGCUGAUAUCAACGAAGAGCAUCGCAGACUCUCGGCCGUUCAGAGCAACCUUUUUAACAAAAAGUAUGAUUUCACAAACGACCAAAAGAAAGCACAAGACGCUCUCAAAGACGUCGAGAAAUCCACAGCCAACGAGAAUAAGACGCUCAGAGGUCUCGAAGAAGUUUACCAGAAGAACCCCGGGGAUGCUGAGCUCCGCACCUUUAUCAACAAGCGAAAGAAGACUAUUCUCGAGCACAAGGAGGUGUACAUCAUCGUCAAAAGCCAGCUUGACAAGAGCAUAGCUGAAAUUUACAAGACGGAUAAUGAGAUUGCGCUUGUUACCAAGAGACUUGGACAGCUUGAUGCUGAGAGAGCUGAGGUUAUGAGGGAGAAGGAGGGUGUUGACAAGGCGGCGCGACGACUGACGAUAAUGUCGAGAAUCAUGGAGCCUGGAUGGCAGGCUACAAUCGACAUGCUUGAGCAGGCUGUGGGUGCUGAAACUUUGGAGAAUGCUUUCUGA